UGAUUUGAUGGACAACUACUUGCGCUUUUGAAGUGUUUUCAUCAGCACUAUAUAUUUGUUGAUGGCAAACUUGGCAGUGGAAUAUCAUUCAUCAGUUUAUUAAGUUAUUUUCUUGGUUAAACUUUUCACCAUGAAGUUGGGAGAGUAUCAACAAGCUACCAAUGAUUUUACUACUGGUCUUUGUGAUUGUUUCUCUGAUAGAUCAAGCUGUUGCCUCACAAUUUGUUGCCCCUGCUUUUCCUUUGGCCAGAUUGCGGAGAUUGUCGACCAAGGUUCGAUAUCAUGCUGUGCAGCUGGAACCUUCUACUUGCUGCUUGCACCUUUUGUUGGGUUUCAAUGGAUAUACUCGUGCACAUACCGUGCAAAGUUGAAGGCACAAUUAGGAAUUCCGAAAAGCACUUGUGACGAUUGUUGCUCCCAUUUCUGGUGUCAAUGUUGUGCCUUGGCUCAAGAGUACCGUGAGCUUAAACAUCGUGGCUACGACCCUUCUCUUGGAUGGGAAGGUAACAUGGAGAAACAAAAAUCUUCAACUUUGCCUCCUCAAAUACUUGGUCGCAUGAUUCGAUAAAUCCCAAGUGCUGGAGUAUAAAGGAGCAGGAACAGAAGAUUUUAAUAAUUUCUCUACCGUCUACAUUAUGUGCAUAUAUAAGUUUUAUAUAGGAAGCAUAUAUAUACUGUAUUACUAUAUAUAUUCCUGUACUCUCUUAUUCCACAUUUGUGUUUUACGUUUAUUUCCACCAUCUAUUGUGGACUGUCCAUAUGUAUUUGGUGAAUGGUUAGUUUGCUUCCAUGCAAAUUUUCUGCUAUAAAAAGUUAUAUAUAAUGAAUGAAGUUGUUGA